AUGGCGUCCUCAUCGAAUUCAGACGUCGACGACACCAGCUACGUCAUGCGCGACAAGACAGACGCCACCCUCGUCGGCAAGCACUGCCAGUACGAGUACUGCAACCAGCUCGACUUCCUCCCCUUCCUCUGCCAGUCAUGCGGCAAGACCUUCUGCCUCGACCACCGCACUGAGUCGGGCCACAAGUGCGCCAACCCGGGCGCCUGGGCGCAGCGCAAGCGACAGGCCGAGCUCGCCAAGCCGUCCAUCGGCCAGGGCAAGACGCUGCGAGACCGUGUCUCCCAAAAGCCCUGCGCGUCGCCCGACUGUAAGACGGUCGUCGGCACGUCGCUCACGCCAGGAGUCCACUGCGACACGUGCAACCGCGACUACUGCCUCAAGCAUCGCUUAAAGGAGGACCACAACUGCAAGAACCUUGUGCCAAUCGGGGCCCGUCCGUCGCCGCAGAUCGACGCCGUCGCGCAAAAGACGAGAUCCGCGCUCGACAAGCUGCGCGCAUGGGGCUCGGCCAAGCGCGAGCAGGCCGAACGCGCCCUGCCGAAACCUAAGCCUAGCUCCACGGCAGCACGUGUCGCGGCUACGGCCAAGCUCAAGAAGACGGCCAAGGGGCGCAAGGACAUUGCCGAGGAGAAGCGUAUCUACCUGUACGUCGAGGCCGAGGCGGAGACGGCCAAGGCCAAGCUGCCCAAGGGCGAGUUCUUCUUCUCCAAGGACUGGGUCGUCGGGCGGCUACUCGACGACGCGGCGCAGCAGCUGCAGGUGCAGAACAUGAACAACAAGAGCUCCGACGAGAGGGACAAGCUACGCGUCUUCCAUGUCGAAGGCGGACGGCUGCUCGAGUUUAACGAGAAGAUUGGCUCGUCACUACAAAGUGGCAACACGGUGAUUCUACUUAGGGGCGUUGGACCGCCGCCGAGUUUGAUAGAGCCGUGA